CGACUUGAAGAAUCCUUUGGCGUGUUGGAGAGAAAUGCUGUGGAUAUGAAGAUCAUUCGAGGAUUGUGUGCAAACGGGAUUCCAUUCAAUGUGUUACGCAACCCGCAAUUUCUUGAAAUGAUUAGUGCCAUCCAGCAAGCACCAGCAGGAUACAAACCCCCGUCUUCUGAAAAAGCGAGAACUGUAUUGCUUGAUGAAUGUGUACGCGAUGUUGAGAAGGAGCUAACAACUUUUAAAGACACAUGGUACACACAAGGAGUCUCGGUUGUCUCGGACGUGUGGUCUAAUGUUAAACAUAACCCACUAAUCAAUGUUCUUGGUGUCAAUUCACGUGGUGCAAUGUUUAUGUAUGCAGAGGACUUUUUAGGGGUGGAAAAAACAGGUGCUGAGAUUUCUAAGUUUCUUCUUGGAGCCAUCGAGACCAUUGGACCAAGCGAUGUCUUGCAAGUUGUAACUGAUAACGCGGCUAAUUGUGAAGCAGCCGGGAGGGAAAUCGAGAAGACAUGGCAAAGCAGUUCUCAUGGCUGCUCAACACAUAUAAGCAAGGCAAGACAAUUGUAAAAUAUUUUCUCAACCAUACCCAUGCCUUGUCAUUCUUUAGAGGAAACUCAAAGUUGGAGUUAUUGAAGGUGGCAAAAACACGGUUUGCAUCACAUUAUAUACUUUUGAGAAGGUUAAUGGAUUGUAGAGAGGCACUUUCCACCACAAUAGUCCUCAAUUCUUGGAGGGAAUGGGUCAAAAGUGGGGAUGAAAAAAUGCGAACAGAUGGAUAUAUUGUCACUGAAACGAUUAAAGAUGAUGUGUUUUGGGAAGAUGUUGAGAAUAUUUUGGCUUUUACAAAACCCAUUUUUCUGAUGGUGAAGUAUUGUGAUGGGGAAGGUUCAAAAAUGGGAGAAAUCUAUGAAAAAAUG